UUAUCUUUACUUGAGCAAAGGCAGCGCAGCAGUCUGUGUGCCUUCAUAGCGUGACACAGUCCGUCACCUCGGUUAGCCCACUUAAUCACGGUACAUCUUUCCGGAAGGUGUCUGAACGACGGAAGAUGGGUGACAAGAACUUUCUUGUUGACUUCCUGGCAGGUGGUGUUUCUGCCGCAGUCUCGAAGACUGCCGCAGCGCCCAUUGAGCGCGUAAAGCUGCUAAUCCAGAACCAGGAUGAGAUGAUUAAGCAGGGCCGCCUGGCAGCCCCAUACAAGGGCAUCGGCGACUGCUUCGUGCGGACUGUUCGCGAGGAGGGCAUGGGCUCGCUGUGGCGCGGCAACACGGCGAAUGUGAUUCGCUACUUCCCGACACAGGCACUGAACUUCGCCUUCAAGGACAAGUUCAAGCGCAUGUUCGGCUACAACAAGGACAAAGAGUACUGGAAGUGGUUCAUGGGCAACAUGGCAUCAGGUGGCGCAGCUGGCGCUGUGUCGCUCGCGUUUGUGUACUCCUUGGAUUACGCCCGUACUCGCCUGGCGAAUGACGCAAAGUCUGCAAAGAAGGGUGGUGGCGACCGUCAGUUUAAUGGUCUUUUGGACGUGUACCGAAAGACUAUCGCAUCAGACGGAGUCGCUGGUCUGUACCGCGGUUUUAAUAUCUCUUGCGUCGGCAUUGUAGUGUACCGCGGCUUAUACUUCGGGAUGUAUGACUCCCUCAAGCCGGUGGUCCUGGUUGGGGCAAUGGCCAACAACUUCCUGGCAUCGUUCCUGCUGGGUUGGGGCAUCACCAUCGGCGCCGGUCUGGCGUCAUAUCCAAUUGACACGAUUCGUCGUCGUAUGAUGAUGACAUCGGGCGCGGCUGUCAAGUACAAGAGCUCUUUCCAUUGCUUCCAGGAGAUUGUUAAGAACGAGGGUGUCAAGUCUCUGUUCAAGGGUGCCGGUGCAAACAUCCUGCGCGCAGUUGCUGGCGCUGGUGUUUUGGCGGGUUACGACCAGCUGCAGGUCAUUCUUCUCGGCAAGAAGUACGGCAGCGGCGAGGCUUAAGCGGCCGUCAAGGAUCCAGUGGCGGGGGUUUGCCCCUCCAGCUUGGCAACAUGGCAAUGCAUUAUUCUUUUAGUAGAGCAGGGUUCUGCAUAUUGUACGGUGUGCGAUGAACUGGGUAAUAUGUCGGAUGUCAGCGAGGAUCACGGCUGUGUGCACCAGGCCGUUACGGACGCAUGUAAUCUUGCGAUCGUGUCGCAUGCGAAUUGCUUGCAUUCAACGCACUGCGCUGAAUGAGAAAUGUGGGCUGCAAUAUCUUGAUACUGCUUUCGAAGCAAUGGCAUGGACCAAAUGAUUAAAUUGGGUAGCGCAGCAAGUAACCGUUACCGAUUAUCCACCAAAUUCCUUAUUUAAGUCUUUCGAUCGCCUGUAUCUAUACAACUAAAGAACUUCGUCGUCGAUACCAACUGGAAGGAAUAGGACUCCGAUUUUGGUUGAAAUGUCAAAAGAGUUA